AUGGCGCGCUCGAGUCACGCUCCCUUAGCGGUUGUUGUUUAUUCGACUUUUUACCUCGCGGUAUUCUGCGGAGAAACGGGUCAGUCAAUAAACACGGACACUUUACGCAGUUUGUUGCAGAAGCCUGGCGCGGAGCAGACUCGGUGGCGAUCAUUGUUAGAUAAGUAUAGAAAUGGGAAUCAUGAUGUCAAAGAAGACGAACUCGUCGAAUGUACAGAUUACUGCAGUAUGACGAAAGAGGAUCUGUAUGACAUAAGCCCGCAGUGUUUUUGCGAUACGUGUCAGUACAACCAAGAUCUCGAUUCGCGGGAGAGUUACGCAAUGGAAAGUCUCCUACCAAUUCCAAGCAUAGUUACCUUGCUUGGUGUGGACAUGCACCACGUGUUUACCUUCUGUUCAUAUAAUGAGAGCAUAUCGACGGGAGCAAUAGUCAUGAUAUGCAUUACCGGAGUGCUGGCUUUACUAGUUGUAAUUGGCACGUGGUACGAACAUUUGCGCAAGUCGCCAACAGCCUCUGAUAACAACGUCACGGUGGCCGGGGGUGUAUCGGUGAACGACGCGAAUUUUACUCUUCGUGCAAAGUACAAUAUGGAGCCUUCCGUAUCCACCAAUGAGAACAAUAAGGCACUUUGGGAAGAACUGUUGACAUCGUUCUCUGCAGUUAGUAAUGGAUCACGUAUACUAAACACACACGAUGUGGACAAUGGAGACGAUUCGAUGCCUGCUUUAUAUGGAUUCCGAGUUCUCUGUGUGUGGUGGUUGAUUGUUGGACAGACGUUGGUACUCCAGGGACCGUAUAUAGGCAAUCCGCUGGACCUUGUAUACAUUGUUCAGUUUUUAUUCGUCCAAGGGGUUUUGUAUUUCAUGUACGUCGAAGAUUCGUUUUUCUUUCUUAGCGGCUUUCUCUUGGCAUAUUACUCGCUGUCAAAGAUGAAAGACGAUGGUAAAGAAAACUGGUUCUAUUUCUAUAUACAUCGUAUCUGGAGGCUUACUUUAACAUAUUAUAUUGCCAUAUUUUCGUGGAUGUAUCUGGUUGAAUUGUUUGCCGGAGGGCCCUUCAAAUACUAUCACAUGGAAAGUUUAGAAUACUGUUACGACAACGUUUGGUCGAACCUUCUGUAUAUAAAUAAUCUAUAUCCAUAUCCAGGUAGUCUGGCUGAGCAGUGUGGAGCGUGGUGGUGGUUCAUGGGAUGUUUAAUGCAAUUCUACAUUGUCACGCCGCUAAUUCUUAUACUAGUUCACAGAAAGCCUAUCAUUGGUUUUUCGACUAUUGGCAUACUUAUUGCUAUGUGCGUUUGUUGCACAGUGGCCCUGGCCGAAGCGUAUGAAAUACCAGUUACCUUAACACAGUCAUUACAAGGAGGUUUGAGCGAGUUGGAUAUGACGUUUAGCCAAUAUGUAUACAGUAAGCCGUACACACGCAUGACUCCGUAUCUUAUUGGAAUCAUUGUAGCCUAUGCAAUCGUAAAGUACGGAAAAGACGUUCAGAUUAAUAAGUUUGUCAAUGGAUGUUGCUGGUGUGUAUCGAUAUUUGUGGGAUUAGCCUGUGUCUACGGUAUGUACGGAACAUAUCUAUUUGACGGCAAAGUACUAACCAAGUUCGAGACUUUGCUCUUUCAUGGCUGCCACCGUUUGGGUUACUCCCUGGCUAUUGGCUGGAUGUUAUAUGCUUGUUUAACCGGAAACGGGGGUUUUGUUAAUAGGUUUCUUUCUUGGAAGUUUUGGUUACCUCUUCAUCGCUUGAGUUACGCCGUUUACAUGAUCCACGCAAUCGUCAUUGUCACUUAUAUCAUGAACAGAGAACACCUGUUUUUCUUAAGUUUUCUAAACGUGUUUUAUUUCUUUGUCGGCAACCUCUUUCUGUCUUAUUUUGGUGCCUUCUUCUUUGCACUAAUGACGGAGAAACCGUUUCUCAGAAUGGAACAGGUGUUGUGGAGGAAGUGGAACAAUCGGAAAUCAGGAAAAACGUCAGAGAUCACAAAUUAG